UAUUAAUGGUAUUUAAACAAAAUUUGUGAUUGAACUGCGCGAUUAAAUGUUUUCGCUUCGCAUUGGUAUUUAAUAAAAAAAAUAGAUAAAAUUUUAAUCGUUAGCAAUGAAUUUCCACUACUCACAUUGGAUUUCCCAAGCUAUUAUAUUAUGUGUUAUCCUAGGAGCUGGAGUAGUGACAUCAAAUGAUAAUGAAGAUGAAUAUCUAACUCAAAAAGAAAUUGUUUUGGAAAAGUCGUAUCAUGGUCUGAUUCGAGAAAAUGAAACACUCGUCGAAAUAACUCCUCUAAUUAAAGUGGAUGAGGAGAAAAUUUGUAAUUUUCGAAUUUUAAAAAAACCAUACCAUGAGAUUCCGUUUGAGAUUCAAUUAGUUAAUAACCUUGGCAUUUUAAGAGCACGCCGCUUACUAAAUUGUGAAAAAAGGAAGAGUUAUCAUUUUGAAAUACUAGCGGUAUAUUGCGAUGGGACCCCAUCAAACAAAGCCAAUGUUCAUAUUACUGUUAUUGACAUAAACGAGUAUGCACCAAUAUUUUUGGAACCGUCUUAUGUAACUGAAGUCGAAGAAGGGCGACUGUAUAAUGAAAUUUUAAGAGUUGAAGCAUCUGAUAAGGACUGCACCCCACUUUUUGGUGAUGUUUGCAAAUAUGAGAUUCUUAACAAUGAUGAACCAUUUUCAAUCGACAAUGAAGGCUCAAUCAAAAACACUGAACCACUUUCGCAUAAGGUAUCACAUAACCACAUUCUAUCCGUAGUAGCUUAUGAUUGCGCAAUGAAAGAAUCGGCUGCUAUUAUGGUUAGCAUUAAAGUGCGUCGUAUUUGUGAGGCGAGGUUUUUAGGUUUACCAGAACGCAUCGAUUAUUCGUCUGGUAUCACAGAAAGCCUGCUAUUGUUCCCAAAUGCCCGUUUGGAUUUAUGCGAUAUAUCUUGCACUAAUGAGAAUGUCACUAUUCAUACAUCCAUAGCGCUUAAGACCAAGCAUAUAUCAUUUGGAUGCGAUCGUGACCUAAGAAGUUGCAAUUCAAGCCAAAGAAUGAUGGACCUCUUACCCCAAAGAGCAGAUUGGACUAAAGAAUUAAAUUAUGAUGAAGGUGUCGAACCAAUUUUCCACUUUGACGGAUCAUUGGGGGUGGUAGUGCCCCAAACGGUUCUUGAUCACUACGAUUUUUCUUCUCGCUCGUUUAGUAUACUUACAAUGUUCCGGCACAGCAGUCGAGGAACGAUAAAUAAACAUGUCAAAGAGCAUAUAAUGUGUAGCGCUGACGACCAUAAAAUGAAUCGACACCACAUGGCAUUAUUUGUUAGGAACUGUCGUCUUAUUCUUUUAUUGAGAAAGAACUUUAACGAAGGGGACAUAAACAUUUUUAGUCCAGCUGAAUGGCGUUGGAAAAUACCUCAGGUCUGUGACAAUGAAUGGCAUCAUUAUGUUAUAAAUGUCGUUGACCCAGUGAAAGUGGAUUUAUUUAUUGACGGUAUUCAAUUUGAAAAUUCGGUUGAGGAUCGACAUAGUAACCCAGAAGUAAUUGAUGAUUGGCCACUACAUGCUGCUCAUGGUGUUAAUACUUCUUUAGCUAUUGGUGCGUGCUAUCAAAGUUCCGAAAACAGAAUGAAGCAUGGAUUUAAUGGAGACAUAUCAGAGGUUAAGCUUACAUUUGAUGGUGUUUUAAAUGCCAACGAUAUAAAAUGUGGAACUUGUUGCGCUGAGCACUUGCUGCCGCCGGAAAGUGUUGAAACAAAAAAUUAUACAACAGCCUUAGUAAACACAAAAGUUCAAGCAAACCUACAAAUGAAUGAAAUAUAUAUUCAAGCAAACGCUAAGCACGAUAUUGAACAACUGAUGCGCAAAAUUCAAUACAUUAAUGUUAAACCAAACCCAACAAUAGGAAGACGAAACAUAGAAGUUCGUACCACCCUUUCUUGUAUCAAUCAAAGCUCAUUACGUUUACCAACCAUAGAAACGUAUAUUAUGGUAAACCAACCUUUAGCUCCCCUCGGUAUUGAAGUUGCUGCCGAAUUUACUUCGAAAAAAAAAAAGGAUAAUACAUCUUUGACGUUUACCAUUGAUAAAUUUAAAUCAAUCUUUCAAUUUGAUUCAUCAGAUCCAGGAACAGAAAUGGAUACCAAAAAAAUAUCUAUAUCUGGAACUACAAAUAAAUUGGUUUCUUAUCAAGAAAUUAAGUUGGGCGUACACAUUUUAGAUAAAAUUUACAUUGACAUGUUAUCUAAGAAUAGUGGAACAAAAUCUGGAACAAAUCGGCUUGAUUCCUGCAGCGUUGUUGUGUUUCCUUCUUUAAAUCCAGAUCAUGAAGAUAUUCAAAUAGACGGUGACGAGUCAUUGUCGUCUACUAUGGAUAUUAAGACAAAUAUAGAUAAAGAUGGCGUGGAAAUGAUUGGACUGGACACCAUACAUAAUUAUUUGAAUGUGUUACGGUCUCUUGUCUAUAGUAAUAAAAAGCCGGCCUAUUAUUUAAAUAGAGUUUUUAAACUCUCAUGUGCGCAAAUAAGAUCGCUGUACAAAAGUGCGGAAUACACAUUAACAUUAACGGUAUUGCAUCCCAAACAAAUGAUAAAGUCGACAACAGAACAACCUUCGACUUUAUUUCCCAAUGAACACAGUGAUAAGAGUUCUAGUAUUGAUGCAGCUUUCCAUUUAAACAGCGAUGUGGAAAAUAAAGAUGUUAAUCAAGCUUCAGAUUCAAGAAUAUUUUCGUAUUCGCUUCUGCACCAAAACGAUGUUCAAGAACCAAAGUCUCAUAUUCACUCUAUUGUACAUAAAGCUGAGGGUUCACAUCUUUCUAUGCUUAUAAUUCUUGUGAGUGUUUUUUUGGCUAUUUUGCUGUGUGGAGUUUCUGUUGCCCGUUUGAAGAACAGUCAGAAGUACACUGAUCGUCACCAGCAUUGCCCAAAGAUUCUUGAUGAUGGCUUGGUUUGGGACGAUUCGGCAUUGACUAUAACUAUAAACCCAAUGCAAACAGAUGUUGCAUCUGAUGAUAGUUCUGAGUCGGAAAAUUCCGAAUCUGAAGAGGACGAAGCUCUGAAGGAUGGUUUUGCCCAUUUCAACCAGCUUGAAUGGGAUAACACUAAUAUAUUUCAACAGUAAAGAAUGCCCCAAAUUUCCUUUCAUCAAAAAUAUGUAAAUGUGCUAAUAAGUAAUAACAUAACACAAAUUAAAAAUAUAUUGAAAAUUUGUUCAUAUGCGAAUAUAUAAACGAUACAUUAUUGUUAAGACGCGGAUUCAUUUAUUAAUCAAAAAAUAAUUUUUGUUGCGAAACAAUGAUUGUAUAAACUAAGUCAGUAGGCGUGCUAAUACGUAUGUACAUUUAAAUGUAUUUAAAAGAAAUAUCAGCUCGUCUACAAAUAAUACUAAGGUAUAGUACAAUUAAUAUAUAUUUGACAACGCUAUUUCCAUCAUAGCCGCAUACAAACAACUAAUAUAAAUACUUAAUAGAACAUUUAUAAAGGAUCUGUUCUAUCCUCGCAUAAAAAUGUAUUUUACACAUUUCGUAGAUUUUCAUCUGCAUUCUGUCGCCAUUGCAUAGGAGGUACCUCCGUCCCAUAUAUUAAGGCUAAUAUUCAUUAACUUAAUAAUCAAUACAAAAUCAGUGUGGUCAUAAAAGCAGCACUUGUUAAAGAUUAUUAUAUUUCAAUACUUAAAACAUAGAUUAGGAAAACAAAUCGAGAAAAAACAACCAACUUAAUUUUAUUUGAUCUUACAGUUACUCCAAUAUGUUACUCCCAAAACUAAACAAAAUUAAAAAACAUCAAUUUUAA